AUGCUUGUGGUAAAGCGUUUGUGUCGAAAUCUCGAUUUCGGACACACGUACAAUCACAUGAGAUCGGUAGCUUCCCUUGCGGAGAAUGUGAUGAAGUAUUGGAGACGAGAGCAGCUAGAAUGUGUCAUAAACUUAAAAUACAUAGACGAGGAAUUAGAUACACCUGUCCGAGAUGCCCGGAAGUCUUCACGACUUACUAUGCCAGAGCUAAACAUCUGGUCGAUGGCCACGAUCAACAAAGAACUGCGUACCAGUGCUCAUCCUGUGGGAAAAUAUUUGAGACCAGCUGUAAAAGAACCACUCACUUUCGCAAUACACAUGCUAAUGAAAAUAAAUAUAGAUGUCCUAAUUGCUCUUGGUAUUCUGUAA